CUACGGUCGGAUGCGAACGAAAUAAUGGAAGUGGGAGGACAUCGCGAAACGGAUGGCGAACGCGGGCUGUCCUAGAGAGGCCGAUGAGUGCAUGAAGAAGUGGGACAAUCUAUUCCAGAACUACAAGAAGAUACAAAGGUUCCAGAAUGCCAGCGGCGAGGCAGAUUUCUUUAGGCUGUCAAAUGAAGAGAGGAAGGACCACAAUUUCAAGUUUCGGAUGGAGAGAGCGCUCUACAACGAGAUCCAUGGAGGCAUGCUGGGAAACCACACCAUUUUCCCUCCCAACAUCGCAGACACAGGUAAUCCGGACGGUGUGCAGUUGCCGAGGCGAGGAGCGGGCGGCGGGGAGUCUGUUGGUAGUGAGGCGGCCGGUGAUGGGUGGGCGGAAGAACGUUCUUCGCCGAGGGAGUCCGACAACAAUGUAGGCAGCGGGGCCCGAAGCAUGAAGCGGAAGAACACGCGACAGCAGGCGUUGGAGUCCAUCGCCGACGUCAUGGAUCGACACGGCGCGCUGAUGUCUAUGACGAUGGAGUCCUCCAGCAAGCGACAAUGCAGCGUUUUGACGAGGCAGUGUGACAUCCUGGAGCAGGAAGUUGCAGUUCAAAAAGAGCACUACGCGGCGUCCGAUGAAACGCAGAGGAUGAUGUGCCACGCCUUGAUGGAGAUCGCUGCCGCCAUCCGUGGUCGCUCUACGAUCGCAGCGGUAGAAAUAGGGAACGCGAUGGAUGGAGGAUGCAUAAGUCAGGACCGUUUGUCCCGUGUUGCGGAGAGCUUCAAGGUCCUCUUGGCGGCUGCCAUGUGGAUAAUGCGAUUGGCGGGAGACGAUCCGAGGUCUCACUACGAAGCUUUCUACUUCUGCAACCUCGUCGCGAAGCCCGUUAUGGUGGCGUCCAUGCACCGCAUCUUCGAUCAUCGUCGCCACACCUUGGCCGCCGCGAACGCCGCAACCGAGCGACUUGGGAAAGCGGAGUUGACGUUGGGCCACGCGCCCAAUUUCAUCCUGGAUUGGGCUAAGUGCGGGGGUGCUGACGGUGAUGAUGAUGACGACGUGGAUGAUGACGACGAUGACGACGAUAAUGAUGAUGAUGAUGAUGAUGGCGAGGAUGAUGAUGAUGAUGACGACCACGAUGAUGAUGAUGGUGAUGAUGACGUCGAUGACGAUUGUGAUGAUGAUGAUGAUGAUGAUGAUGAUGAUGAUGAUGAUGAUGAUGAUGAUGACGAUGAUGAUGAUGAUGAUGAUGAUGAUGAUGAUGAUGAUGAUGACGCUGAUGAUGAUGAUGACCACGACGGUGAUGAUGACGACGAUAAUGAUGAUAAUGAUGAUAAUGAUGAUAACGAAGAUGAUAACCCAUCGAAGGUGGCGCGGGCAAGACACUUUUUUGUGUUUGUUUUUGGUCGAGCAGGGCGCUGCUCGACGUUGUAAAUAAAGUGGACUCGAAAGUGCGAUCGGUUCAGCAGGGGUCU